AACCGCUCCCAAUGAAGCUCCGUGCAUUGCCACAUUCAUUCUGGCAACAGCCGAACCAGACGAGCGACGUAUCUCCUGCAGUUGUGGUUCCUCUACUUCCACCGCUUCUCAAAAACGACGCUCAAGAUGAUGAUUCAGAUUUACGACCUGUUGGUCCACCUCAACAUUCCAGAACGGAAGGUCGAAACGACAACAGCGGCUCAGAUCGAGUGAUUGUCCGCGUUAAAAACACCGAUCUACUUUUCAAGCUGUUCGACGCUGUGGAUCCAGAAAAGCGCCAGGCGCCCCUGGUGAAACGAGGACGCCCGAAGAAAGUUCCACCAGCUCCGACGAGCCGAGCACUACGGGGAGAAGAUCCGUACAUGGUCAACGCAGCCACUGAAGGAUUCCUGCCGCUUCUGGGCCGUACCACUCGCAGGCAGGCUGGAGACAGCGCAGUCCACUCCACCCUUACCCUUGUCUCGGUCAAGGACGGAGACAAGUCAGUGUCUCUUCCGGCACUAAACGUUGACCACAACUACCCGCAAGUGUUGUCUGAGCUUGUUAUGAGACUGUAGUAGAAUGUUUCUUGGUAUGAGGGAAGGUCUUGACGGGCCUCAGUACCGAGCCACCGGGGGCCUAAAUACUGGGAAGAGUUUUAUAGGUGACGGGCAUAAAGGUCGCACUUUGCGUACUAUGUAAAUGCCGAACGCAUAUUGUGGCCUCAAGUACACUGGCUGACCAUGCAGUGGAGGUUCUUUAUCAGUGAGAACUAAUUUCGCAGCACGAGGACAAACGUUUGGGAACAGUGCAAUAUAUAGGAAGUGUGUUUGAUAGCAGCUCGGGAAUUGUGUCAGAGAAUAUAUGGUCAAUGUCACGGAAGGAACUGUUGACCACAGAAUACAGCUUCUUCGCGUUCGACUGCUGAGACGAUUUCUGUUGAGGCAUCGCAUUGUAGCGCAGUCGCGUUGCAAUGAGCAAUCAUGGUUUGUUUAACGUUUAUAUGUCCCUAUAGGGUGCACCCGCGUUCUUUCAUCUGUGGUUGCGUAGCUGUUUUCCUGUUGCGACAGCUGUUUAUCGUGGGAACAAUCACGUCGUUGAAAUAAAGACGUGUCAGUAUUAAACUUCCCCGCUGCCACUUAGAGUUAUGCGCUUCUUGGCCACGCACGCUCUUAAUGCUCUUCACUGUGUGAUGUCAGUAUUAUCCUGAGUGUACAGUAUACUGUCGUUACUCAUACGGUUCUACUGCUUUGCCCGUUGUAUGUAAUAUAGGGCACAUUGAUUACCACAUUUCUGAUGGUGACCGAGAAUCGUCAGUGGACAGUGUCUCCUCUGCGUCCGUGUGCUGUUUAAUUGUUUUUGUGUUUGUGUGUGUGUUAAAGGAAUCUGCUAACGUUCCGUCUUCGUCGAAGCUCCAAACGUUCAUAAUUCCCGUGCCAAAUCUCUCAUUUUCAAAACAGGAUUGUUAUCGCGUUAUCUACUUUGCACGCCAUCAGGCACGGAUAGACAUUCCGAUCGAUCUAAUGGUUGCGUUGGUUAAUAAGCAAUUGCCUUCUUUCAAAAAAGAAAAAAGAAAACAGUGUUUUCUCCAUCGCGCUCUUAUAUCACAUUACAUGUAUAUACACCCUAAACUCAGAACUUCACUGAAUAACACAUUCUGUGUCAACCAGGGCAGUUUCACUUUCGCUUCUGAUUUGAGAAAAGAGAGGAGCGUAGGAGGAUAGCUGAGCUCGUUGUACGGCGAAGCUCUCUUUCUAGGUGUACCUUCCUCCGCCCGAGGUUAUACGUAGAGUCACUACACAGGGGUACAGAGUAUCGCCUUGAUUUUCCGCGCCGGAGUCGCCGUUCGGUGUCCGCGAUUGGGCCGAUCGUGUCACGUGGUUUCUCCUUCCAUGAACGCGCCGUCCAUGUUGAGUUUCCUCGGUUGCGCGCUGGGCGCGCUGUCCUCCGGCGGAGAAGGAGGAGAUUGUCGUCCCAUUGCUAGGCGACGCAGCUGCGCCGGACGCAAUAUGGCGGACUCGCUCACCGGCGUGGCUCAGUGUCGUUACUCUGCUCCCUCUUUAGUGGCUCUAGUUAUAUGUAUAGCCUAACUAGAGGCUGAGAUCUACAGCACUUCGAGGCAUUCUGCGGCUCUUGCAGAAUACAUUUGAAAGUGCAGUUUCUUUCUUUUCUUUUUUUUUUUUUUCGCGCUGACUGUACUUUCUGUCGGCUCUACGAGCAGCCGUUCUCUGAAGCGUACUCGCGCUCCAAGUUGACCUGUACCGGUUACCAUAAGAGCGCUUCUUCGGAAGGCGACUACUUUGUGGAUCGGAGUACGUGCUUUCAUGAUGAAUGCUGCUCGUAUGUGUUCCUGGGUUUGAUCUUCAUUCAUGCUGCCCUAGAAUGUGCGCAAGAGCGCGAAAUAAAGAAGUUAUAAGCAUGAAGGUAUACUCUUGUUGCUCCACUGCACAUGUGGUAUGUAGAAUGUACUGUUGUGUUGUGACUGUUGUGUGGGCAGCUCUAAUAAUGGUCACUCGGAUAGACAACCUUGUUACGAAUGCGACGUUGAUGGGACAGAAUUUGCAAACACUGGACGAGCAAUAGACCUCUCCCUGUUUGUGAACAAAUGACGUCAUAGUGUACAACAGCGCCACCAAUUUGGUAGAGUUGAACUACGCUCGAAGCUAGAGGCGAACGAGGUUGCCCCGAAAGCCACGGUCUUGAGAGGAUUACGAUGGUCUCUGAAAGGGAUGCGACCUUCGGUCCUACUUUUCUUUCAAUAUAAGAGGCAGCGAACAAGUGUCCAUCCGUGGAACCCAGCCCUCCCCUUCCGAUUUGUUUCGGUUUCAGUCUGUCUACCAACUUCUCGGGUAGAGGUUUAUUAAGUCAAACACAUCGUUUACGCCUCAUCAACACCCAAGCAUCUGAAUCUGAAAGACGCCAGACAAGGCACCGGUGUAGCACUUAUGCUUCAUGCACACAACGAUAUCGCUCACAAAAGAUCCAAUGCUGUGUUUAGUGGUGGAAGAAGAAAGAAGAAGAAGAUGCUCCACGUACACGCCAUUCUACGUGGGACAGAAGAAGACGAAGAAGAAAGAGCAAAACACACCUCCUGCGUGAAGAAGACAGAAUAACCGGCGUCAGAAUGUUGAUGUGCCAGUCUUUCCUGACUUAUGUGGCAAUCCUAACGUUUCCCUGCGGUGCCGAAAUCAUUUCUAAAGAUCCUCGUCGUCCUCUGAAGGCUUCUCCUGACACAACUGAAGCUCGGCCCCUUGAGAAGCAAGAGGAACCUGGCGCACCGUGGCCCAUGCCCAAAUUGUGGCAGCCGACCGACAAGCUCAUGACCCUGGACACUUCACGGUUCUUUCUCGUAACGAGUGUCCGGUCAUGUGACAUUAUAACGGACGCAUUACAUCGCUACCGGGCUCUCAUUCGAUCAACUGCUGAUAGGAAUGCGCGUCCGGCCGAUGGACUACCUGUCCUGGACUCGCUGGAAGUUAAAGUGGCCAACUAUGAAAUUCGUGACUGCAGCUAUCCUUACGAAGACGCGGACGAAAGUUACGUCAUUGACAUCACCAAGGGUAAUAAGGUACUCAAGGCAAACACCACGUGGGGUGUGCUAAGAGGUCUUGAAACGUUUACCCACCUGAUCUACACGGACGAAGAAGGGUUAACUUGCUUCAUCAACGAAACUUAUAUUGAAGAUUCACCUAGGUAUACUUUCCGAAGCAUACUGAUCGAUACGGCGAGACAUUUUCUGCCCACGUGGCUCAUAAAGCAGAAUCUUGAUGCCAUGUCCUACAACAAGUUCAAUGUUUUACACUGGCACAUCGUGGAUGACCAGUCAUGGCCACUGCAGCUGAAGAGCUUCCCCAACAUGACUGAUAUUGGAGCGUUCACCAAGCACCACGUCUACACUCAAGAGGACGUAAAAGACAUAAUCGAAUACGCCCGGCUUCGAGGUAUUCGUGUGAUACCAGAGAUCGAUGCCCCAGGACACACACAGGCCCUUGGAAGCGUGCUGCCCUCAAUCUUGACUGCCUGCUAUGGCAAAGGAGUAAGGGGCACAGCUUUGUAUGGAGAGUACAGCGCUCACGACAUCCUCGACCCCAUGAACAACAGCACAUAUGACGUCAUGGCGACCAUAUACGCCGAAGUACAACGCAUUUUCAAGGAUGAAUACAUCCACCUCGGUAUGGAUGAGGUCUAUCCCGAAUGCUGGAAAAGUAGUCUAGAGGUUGACAGGUUCCUGAAAGCCAACCAGCUGGGUAACAUCACGGAAUUUGAGCAGUACUACAUCCAUCGAACACUGCGAAACGUCAUGACGCUCAAGUACAAAUCUAUAAUUUGGGAAGACCCCGUCACGAACGGUGCCAACGUUGAUCAAAACACACUUGUCACUGUGUGGAAGUCCACCGUUUACCCCGAAUCUUGGUACGGCUCCGCACGCCUAGUAACGGAUAAAGGAUAUCGCAUUAUCGUUGCUGCAUGCUGGUACCUGGACCUGAUUAGUUACGGAGAAGAUUGGAAAACCUACUACGAAUGCAACCCUGCAGGCUUCGCAAGAUCGGAAAAAUCAAAAGACCUCGUUGUUGGUGGUGAAGCCUGCUUGUGGGGCGAGUAUGUGGAUGAGACCAACUUCAUCUCAACACUUUGGCCCCGAGCCUCGGCUGUGGCAGAGAGGCUCUGGAGUCCAGAGAACAUGACGAAUGCCUGGGAGGCCAAGUUCAGGCUCGAUCGUCAUCGAUGCAGAAUGGUGCAGCGAGGCUUGUCAGCGCAACCCAUACUAUGCGGCUAUUGUAGAAACUACCAGUCCAACCUGUAUGCUCGCCAACAAGGCAGGCAAAGGCACCCGUAUGAUUUCGCAGGACUCCACGAAUGCAGAUCACUGCUGUUGUGCGGAUUGCUUCUGGUGCUUGGAUGCGCUUGGAUUACAAGGAGGCAUUUUAGUGUCCUGCCCAUGGUUCUCCGUUGCACCAGGUGGAUUGUCACUCCAGCACCAAAAGGGAAGACCUGUUACAGCUGAAGCGGGGCCGUGCCUGUGCUGGGACACUGCGGAUAUAAGUUGAAUGGCAAGAUAUCUGUCUUCUUUUGUUAACUUUUUGAACAAUAAAAAAGCUAGAAAUGUG